GUUUGCCGUUUGCCGUAAACGUCAUGCUUAACCUCUCUAAUAAGACUCGUUACGUUGAGUUCCUUUGUUAUAAUAUAAGUGCUGUUGCUUGUUAACUCAUGGCGUAUCUCAGCAGUUGAAAUUAGGCACUGAAGUCAUCUUCAAUGCCUCAGAACCGAACAGGCUCAAUUUGCGCUCCUGAAUUGUUGCUAAAUUCUACACCACUGGCCACAUUUACACACAUGCAUUCUAAAACUAACGAAGUCUCGAAUGGAAUGGACUCAAGCCGGUCGACCCCGCCAACAAAGUUAGAAGUCAAAUCAUCGAUGGCUUCAGCGAGUCUCUCUGGUAGUACGCUUGGUGUGUUGCUGCCAGUUUGUCUUCUUGCAGUUUUUCUGUCGUGUGUUGUGUGCGUUUAUCACUGGCAGAGUCUUAGAGAACGGAGAUUGGACAUGGAAGAUGAACGAAAGCGGAGAAAAAUUAUUGAUGAUUUUGACGGUGGUUGUGCUUUGAAGACUUACAAGCAAACUAAGAACAAGGUACGAAUGUAUCCAUGGAAAACAGUGAGAAUAGAAGACCUACCUGAUAUUAACAACAAUGGUGAAUUUAACAUCCCGUUCUCUCCGGGAGUGAACAGAGGAACAGACAGUUGCUAUGGUACCAUUUUCCCUCCCUCCUCCGCUGUGGAACAACUUUCAGCGCGUUAUGAGAGGCCCAACUUGAGAAGGAUCCCCAUUCACAGUAAAGUUAGUGAUUUUACAGGGGAGCUAUCAGGAUUCAGCGGCUCGUUAGAAGCUGAUUUGAACUUGACAUCUGCACCAUCAAGGUCAGAAGCUGCUACCGCGAAAACCUGCGUGUUUGCUCCCUUGAAGAAGGCAAGUGGCCCCGAAUAUGACGUCGUCCACGAAGAAGCUAUUCACCUGACCCAUUUCGAUGAUGACGGACAAAUUGUUUCCGUGGAAACAAUGAAUGGUUCACUGUUGGAAUACUGGGUGUAAACGUACAAACUAAGGUAGCCGCCUCUUGUGGAAAUAAUUGCGUGUUGAAGGCUAGAAAUAUGUUCAAUUUAAAUUUGAAUAAAACUGAGUGCAACA